AUGAGUCGUCGAUGUUCCAGUGGCUCGUGCCACCGACGAGCACCGUGCUCUCCCAAGCCCCCACGCACUUCACUAUGCGAGGCAUUAAAGAACGAACAAAAUCCCAAAUAUAAAGCGGAGAUUUGCGAUUGCAAGGUGGACUGGUGUGGUCGGUUGCCUCGACGUGUUCCAUUAUUGGGAGAAGCAGAUCCACAGUCGGAGAAAUGCAAGCGUGCGUUUCAGGUUAAAUCAGAGCAAGGGAUUUGGGACAUUGGCGUACCUUACGUAACACGGCAUAAACUGCCGCUCAAGCGAUCACGAUUUCGUACAAAGUACGAAAGAGGCUUGUAUCCAUUUAAGCUAAACCACUCGGGCGACGUGACGUGCUAUAAAAUCGCCUGGUGCAUGGAAGUCGAGCAGUGUGAUGUCGUUGACUUAAUAAGGGACUCGCUGGAGGGACAGUCGGAUAAUUGGUAUUGGGCAACCAUCGCACAUCUUGUGUAUAUGGAUGUGUUGAAGCAUGUGCCUCCUGUGAAGUUAGCGGCCGCUUUGCCUGCAUUUUCAGUGGAGUUCAGGAUAAUGAUCCAUAGGAAUAACGACGAAACCACGCGUCGGGUUCUAAAGAUGCUAAAGGAACUUGCUCUUGUCGCGACAAGUAUUGGUCCAGAGUUGGCAUUUUAUGCGCACGACUUUUUCGUCCUCUGUUACCAAUAUGUGCUGAAGGCCAAUGAGGUCGGUGACCGCAUUACCUACGAACAGAAAAAGCGGACUCCCAUUAGCGAUCUAGUUGAAGAGCUGCAUGCUAUAUUUGAGGUGGUCUCUGGUUCGGAGCAGGACUAUGCUGUAGCGGGCAUGAAGCUGGCCGUACCAACCUACAGGAUACCCGACCAGCACUACCGAGCACAAAAGUGA